ACAGAUCAUAUAUUUACCCACACAUCACACUCCGUACGAAAAUGGCGGCCGUGUUGGACGAGGUCGGCAAGUCCGCUGAGAAACUUGUAAACGAGGAGAAGGACGAGAUCGUCGACGGCGAGGACACGACCGGAGCGGCGGAGGCUUCGAAGAAGAAGAAGAAGAAGAAAAAGAAGAAGAAGGCCGGUGCUGGAGAAGCCAGUGCAGAUGUACCAGAAGGGGAGGAAGAUAAAACUAAAAAUGAAGAAGAUAAGAUUAAGGAUGAUGAAGCAGUGGCCGAAGGUACCACUGAGGUAACCGAGAAUAAUGUUGAGAACGAGGAGGCCAAAAAGAAAAAGAAGAAGAAGCGCAAACCCAAGGAUAAGGGUGGCGUUAAGCAGCAGACAGAUCCACCGACCAUUCCUGUGUCGGAAUUAUUCCCAGAUGGUAAUUUCCCAGUGGGACAAGUGAUGAUUCACGGAUCUGCUGGGAUAGAUGAUAGGAUGGCAAAGUUGCGCUUUACAAGCGAGGAAGCGCGCGCCCUCGACAGAAUGCACAACGAUAUUUACAAUGAGGCCAGGCAGGCAGCUGAAGCACAUCGGCAAACCAGAAAGCAUAUUAUGAAAUGGAUCAAGCCGGGAAUGACUAUGAUAGAGAUUUGCAAUGAGCUAGAGGACACUGCUCGGAAAUUAAUCGGAGAGGAUGGUCUCCUGGCUGGGUUGGCGUUUCCCACUGGCUGCUCGCGCAAUCAUUGCGCGGCCCACUACACUCCGAACGCCGGCGAUCCGACCGUUCUCGAGUAUGACGACGUCACCAAGAUCGACUUCGGUACUCACAUCAACGGGCGUAUCAUCGAUUGCGCGUUCACCUUGACGUUCAAUCCCAAGUACGACAAGCUGAUCGAGGCUGUCCGCGAUGCCACCAAUACCGGUAUCAAGGCUGCUGGUAUCGAUGUGCAACUGUGCGACGUCGGUGCGGCUAUUCAGGAAGUUAUGGAAUCGUACGAGGUGGAACUGGAUGGCAAGACGUAUCCGGUAAAAUCCAUUAGAAACCUAAAUGGCCAUUCAAUUUCGCCCUACCGUAUACAUGCCGGGAAAACGGUGCCGAUAGUCAGAGGCGGCGAGGCGAUCCGAAUGGAAGAGAAUGAGUUCUACGCGAUCGAAACUUUUGGAUCUACUGGUAGAGGCGUCGUUCACGACGACAUGGAAUGUUCGCAUUACAUGAAGAGUUUCGAUGUUGGUUUUGUGCCAUUGAGACUGCAGAGCAGCAAGUCUCUUCUCAAUACUAUCAACAAGCACUUUGGUACUCUGGCUUUUUGCAAGCGCUGGUUAGACCGCGUCGGUUGCACCAAGUACCAAAUGGCGUUGAAGGAUCUUUGUGAGAAGGGCGCCGUGGAAGCGUAUCCGCCGUUGGUCGACGUCAAAGGCUGUUACACAGCUCAGUUCGAGCACACUCUUGUUCUACGUCCCACGUGUAAAGAAGUAAUCUCCCGCGGUGACGAUUAUUAAAGUCGGCGAUUGUUUUAUGUGAAUUAUCGGAUAUCAAGGUGUAUUUUAAUCUCGAUGUAACACAAGCAUCGUAUUUCACGAUGUACGAUGUGAUAACAGUAAUCAUUGUAAUACGUUAGUAACGUGGCAUUUCUGAGUGUGAUGUACUCUCCGCAAUGUCGUUUUUUUCUUCUUGAUCGUAAAAAAAAGUACCGCAGUGACAACAUCACGAGUUUCGACAUGAACGAUAAAAAACCGGCAACAUCUAUUAACUACUAGAUGUUUUCAUGUAUGUCGCUUAGGGAUGCGUCCUCGCAGUUUAUUUCUUUGUUUUUAAUUUCUACUUCGUAUAUAUAUUUCGAGAAGAGGGUCUGUAUUCGCUGUUGUACUUUUCGCAACGUUUUUUUAUCCACUUUAUUACUGGUUCCUUACACGUUAAAAUGGAAAUGAUGGGGUUGAUGUUUAGUGUUGAAUAAAAUAUAUUUGGAAUCCGAGAUUUUAUCAUUGCAGCGAUCUCUUAAGGACCUGAAUAUAUAUUCAUGAUUAAGUUAUAUUAAAAACGACAAAAGAAACGCUAGAGCUUAGCAUAUACAUGUGAUAACUGUACAAAAAAAAAAAAA